CCUCUCGUCUCCAUGAUCAUCUACUCUUACACUCAGGACCAUCUCGGCAAUUGGUUCGCCAGCGCGCCACCUGUGCAGUACGGCCCUCCGCUCCAGAACUACGUGUGGGAGCGCAACGCAGGCCGCUGGGUGCCCAUUUUCGCGCUAUGGGCUCCGCCGCCGGCGCUUGUGGCAGCGCCGCUGCCUCAGAUUCUCGCGCCGGCACAGCCCGUCGGCCCGGCGGUGCAGUGUCGAUGCGCAGCGCAAGCGCAAGUCCAGCAGCCGCACGCUCAGAUCCAGCAGCCGCAGGCUCAGGUCCAGCAGCCGGACGCUCAGGUGCAGCAGCCGGACGCUCAGGUGCAGACUCUCCUCGAUCUCCAAGAGAAGGCCGAGGCUACGGCCGCUUGGACUCGUCGUGCUCUUCGCGCAGCUCUUCCGCCCGUCGUCGCGCCGCCUGCGCAGAACGCGGCUGCUGCGCUUCACGAGCCGGCCGUCGCUGCAGCUGCCGCCGAUGCUCCACCGUUCGCGCACGUCGUAGAGCUUGACGAGGAAGCGGCUGAGCAGUCGCCUGUGCGCAGCGAGUCCGGUCCCGUGCGCCGUUGUGAGGCUACGGCAGCGCGCGCGCGCAAGCCGUACGAGCGCGCUCCUGAAGCCGCGCGCGCUUUGCAAGGCCGCUUUGACGAGGUACUCCAGCAGCGCGAGGUGCCGCAGGCGCAGGCGCGCGCUGUGAAGGCCGAGCGCAAGGAGCUGCGCCACUUCAAGGAGGAGUGAUGCGCCGGCUCUGCCAGUCUCGCCAUACAUGCCCAGUGCAUCAGCCCAAGGUGCAAGCAACGGGCCGCCUCUGCGGCGCCGGUCUCGGCCAUCGAGCGUCUGGCUCGCGCAU